GCUAGAUUUGGAGUCUCUAGACCGCCGAUUACUGACGGAGACGAGCGCUGCUAGAUUUGGAGUCUCUACACCGCCGAUUACAGACAGAGACGAGCGCUGCUAGAUUUGGAGUCUCUACACCGCCGAUUACUGACGGUGACGAGCGCUGCUAGAUUUGGAGUCUCUACACCGCCGAUUACCGACAGUGACGAGCGCUGCUAGAUUUGGAGUCUCUACACCGCCGGUUACUGACGGUAACGAGCGCUGCUAGAUUUGGAGUCUCUACACCGCCGAUUACUAUAACAGUGACGAGCGCUGCUAGAUUUGGAGUCUCUACACCGCCGAUUACCAUAACAGUGACGAGCGCUGCUAGAUUUGGAGUCUCUACACCGCCGAUUACUGACGGUGACGAGCGCUGCUAGAUUUGGAGUCUCUACACCGCCGAUUACCAUAACAGUGACAAGCGCUGCUAGAUUUGGAGUCUCUACACCGCCGAUUACUGACGGUGAUGAGCGCUGCUAGAUUUGGAGUCUCUACACCGCCGAUUACUAUAACAGUGACGAGCGCUGCUAGAUUUGGAGUCUCUACACCGCAGAUUACCAUAACAGUGACAAGCGCUGCUAGAUUUGGAGUCUCUACACCGCCGAUUACCAUAACAGUGACGAGCGCUGCUAGAUUUGGAGUCUCUACACCGCCGAUUACUGACGGUGACGAGCGCUGCUAGAUUUGGAGUCUCUACACCGCCGAUUACUAUAAGAGUGACGAGCGCUGCUAGAUUUGGAAUCUCUACACCGCCGAUUACUAUAACAGUGACGAGCGCUGCUAGAUUUGGAGUCUCUACACCGCCGAUUACCAUAACAGUGACGAGCGCUGCUAGAUUUGGAGUCUCUACACCGCCGAUUACUGACGGUGACGAGCGCUGCUAGAUUUGGAGUCUCUACACCGCCGAUUGCUAUAACAGUGACGAGCGCUGCUAUAUUUGGAGUCUCUACACCGCCGAUUACGAUAACAGUGACGAGCGCUGCUACAUUUGGAGUUUCUACACCGCCGAGUACGAUAACAGUGACGAGCGCUGCUACAUUUGGAGUUUCUACACCGCCGAUUACGAUCCCAUUUCUCCCGCGUGUUCUGGAACCCAAAAGCGCCACUUAUGAUCGCUCCGUGACUUUUGAGCGUCUUCGCCUUUUGCGAGCCUCCGAUCGGUCUCGCUAAUUACGAAUGAUCGCACCCACGCCCGCCGUCUCUCGCGAUCGCUUGCUGGCACGCGGCUGGGCGGUUUUCUGUUUUCCCUUUCUCUCCCCCGCCGAUUAUUAAAAAAAUAAUCCUCGAGGCCUAGUCGAGAAAAGUCGGUCUUCGCCCGGAGCCUCGACCUCGCCUGAACAGCUCUGCCCCCGGGCCCCAUGGACCCGGCCCGUAACAACGAGCCGCUGCAGUUCAACCACGCCAAGGGUCCCGUGGUGAUCGAGGGGGCCGACGGGCCCCCCGAUCCGGCCCCCGACCGCUCGCGCAAGCGCAGGAUGUCGCCCGCCAAAGCGCCGCCGCCGCCGCCGCCGCCGCCGGCGGCCAAGCGCGGCAGCCCCCCAACGGGGGGCGGAGGUGGUGGCGGGGCGGCAGGGAAAAUGGCCGUGGGUGGCGGUGGCGGUGGUGCCGGUGGUGCCGGUGGUGCCGGUGGUGCCGGUGGUGCCGGCGGCGGCGGCGGCGGCGGCGGCGUGUGGUCCAAGCAGGCCUUGCUGGGACCCAGCCACGGCUUCGUUGGCCACCACAUGGGCCGUGAGCCGGCCCUCAUGAUGGACAUGGAGGAGGGGGUAGGGCCGCUGGGCGGCUGGGCGGACGCCAUGCAGAUGGCCAACAUGGCCAGCAUGAUGGGCAUGGACGGCGGCGGCGGCGGCGGCGCCGGUUCCGGGUUCGAGCCCAGGAUAGGGUUGCUGGGUUCGGCACCGCCUGGCAUGGACUCCGGCUUCGACCCCAUGGCUUUCACCGCCGGCAUGAACGUCUACCAGAGCUUCUGCCAGCAGCAGCUGAUGCCUCCCGGUCUGCAGCAGCAGCAGCAGCAGCCCAAGGAGAUCAUCCACUGCACCAACUGCACUCUCUUCCCACCCAAUCCCAACCUGCCCCCGCCGUCCCUGCGCGAGCGCCCCCCCGGCUGCAAGACGGUGUUUGUGGGGGGCCUGCCGGAGGCGGCGAGCGAGGAGACAAUCCGCGAGGUGUUUGAGAAGUGCGGCGAGCUCACGGCCCUGCGCAAGGGGAAGAAGAACUUUGCCCACGUGCGCUUUGCUCAGCCACAGGCCGUGGAGAGGGCCAUAUACCUGUCGGGCUACCGCAUGCGCAUCGGCGCCAGCAGUGACAAGCAGGACCUGGGCCGCCUGCACGUGGACUUUGCGAGCGCGCGCGACGACCAGUACGAGUGGGAGUGCCGCCAGCGGGCGCUGGCGCGGGAGGAGCGCCACCGUCGCCGCGGCGACGCGGAGCGCCGCCGGUCGCCGUCGCCGCCGCCCAUCUUCCACUACACGGAGCACGAAGCGUCGCAGCUCGUCGAGAAGCUCAAGGACGACAGCAAGUUCCCGAGCGCCAUCAGCGUGCUGCUCACGUGGAUGGAGCGCGGCGAGGUGAACCGCCGCACCUCCAACGCCUUCUACGCCAUGGUGCAGUCCUCCAACAGCCACGUGAGGCGACUCACCAACGAGAAGGCAAGCCAGGAGGCGGAGCUGGAGCAGGCCCGAGAGCGCUUCAAGUGCUCGCUCGCCACCAUCCUGCGCCAAUUCGAACAGAUCAUGGCGGUUUUCAACACCGCCAAGAAGCAGAGGACCUGGGACCACUUUACGAAAGCGCAACGAAAGAACAUUGAGAUGUGGAGCAAGCACGCCGAGGAGAUCCACAGCGCCCACAGCGAGGAGCUGAUGGGUACGCGCGUCGAGGAGAACAUGGACAUGUCGGACGACGAGGGGGACGUGGCGGCCGCGAUGGCCGCGAUGGCGCGUGAUGGCGACGACGCCGGAGCGCUAGCGUCUCAGGCGGCCGCCCUGAAGGAGGAGAAUGACAGCCUGCGCUGUCAGCUGGACGCCUACCGCAACGAGCUGGAGCUGCUGCGGCAGGAGCACCGGCUGGGCCUGCUGAUGCCGCCGCCGCCGCCGCCGGCGCCGGCGCCGGCGCCGGCGCUGCCCGCGACCGACGGUGCCGGCGGGGAGGCGGGCGCCAGGAGCCCGCAGCAGGUGCAACUGCUGCAGCAGGCUCUGCAGUGGAUGCAGCAGCAACUGCUCAAGGUGAAGGAGGAGUCAAGGGCCCGUGAGCAGGAGGCAGAGCGCCUGCAGGAGGACAAGCGCAGCGCCGAGACCGCCCUCCGCAGCCUGCAGCAGCAGCACCGCAGCCUGCAGCAGCAGCAGCAGCAGCAGCAGCAGGAGCAGCAGCAGCUUCAAGAGCAGCAGCAGCAGCAGCAGCAGCAGCUACAAGAGCAGCAGCAGCAGGGGCAGCAGUCGCCACCAGCGGCUCAGACGGAGCACGCUGACGCGACGGUGGACGAGGCGAUGGUGGCGGUGGCCGGUGCGGAGAGCCUGGAGGCGCAGAAAACCGCCGGCGGCACGGCCGCCACCGCCGCCGCAGCCGGCCUGCUGAUGACCUUCCUCCAGAUCCAUCCGUGUGGGGUCAGCGUGGAGGGCGUGCGGGUCUACCUGCGGGCACUCGACAUCAAGAUGUCCCCGGGCGAGCUGGACACGGUGCUGUCCUCGGUGCCGCGGCUCUUCCACCACGAGUGGGUGGCGGGCGACGCCGUGGUGGAGAAGCGUUGGGCCUUCUGUGGCCUAGCGCAGGUCGCCAGGGCGCUCGCUCCAACACACGCAGACUGA